UCUUCUGACUUUGUUUUGCCUAGCGAUCGAUCGCGCGAGGACGUGCAGGCGAGAACUGUUUGUGAGAAAGCCAGGGCCAUCCCCGGCGGCGCAUGUCGUGCAACUAAUUACUUCUGUCUUGUUUGAUCUAGAAAACGAUCGUCAGUGGCUUGGCCCAGAGUUGAAGAGUAAAUUUGGAAACACGUGUGUGUCGUCGGAGAAUGUCUGUGGUCGUUUGUGUCUAGUCUAAAAAUAUCACCGUUUGAUCUGAGUUGCUCACACCCCGUGUGGCGUCCGUGCUGAGAAAGCCAUGCCAAAGUUAGAAGAGAUACCGGUAGCGGUGGAGAGGGAUCCGUCCAGACGUCGCCACUACACUCCACUGGAGGUUGCUGAGCAUAACCAGGAGAGUGAUAUGUGGGUCACAUAUCUUGGCAGGGUGUAUGAUCUAACAGCGCUAUGCGAGGAAUAUAAAGGUAGCGACCUGAUCAAGCCCAUUGUGCAAGCUGCAGGUACGGACAUUACCCACUGGUUUGACAAGAGCACAUUGGAUAUACGGAGGCGGAUUGAUGAGGAAACGGGCUGCUCAAUGUACCACACGCCGAUGGGACGCUUUGUCCAUGUGCCUCCACGGUUUCCAUCAUCGAGCUGGAAGACGAACUUUGGCACACCGUGGUGGAAGAACCACAAAUACUGUAUCGGCAUUUUGUCAUCGCGAGUUCGACAUAUCAGGCUGGUGAAUACCCUAACCUCUCAAGAACACUGCAUUAAGGUUUGCGAAGAGGAGACAAUCAAUGAGAUUCUGCUUCGCUAUCUGGUCAUCAACCAGCAUGCAAACAGCUACACAUGGAAGUUUGAGGGCAGGAAUUUGGACAUGGAGCAGACUUUGCAAGAGAAUGGUAUACCAAAUCAAAAUGCGGAGUUCUUUCGGCUAGGAAUGGACGAAGAACACUGGAGACCGGCAAUUCUACUCUAUUUCAAUGAUGAUCUAUCGGAAAUGUAACCAAACAAGGACUAUUGGACCGUGCCCUGACUACUAGCUAAAACAGUUGCUCCGCUCCUCUCUAUGGAUGCACAACACGCAGUCUGAAUACUAUCAGAAUUUCCCAGUCUGGACUAAGCCAUCAUGAUGUUUUGGUCAUGUCAUCAUGUCAUUAUCGGCUAGCUCACCGCCAAGCAGCCUGACUGCCUCCUGACUCAGCACAAACGGCAUAUCAGGCGCUGAUAUCCGAGCCGUGAUGAUGCGCAAUGUACAAAGUGCAACUGACUACGGUGGCAUAGGUGGACAGUCAAGACUGGUCGGUGGCUAUAGGUCUGUUGCCACAUGGAAUGCAGCGGCAGAAGCGGUGGUGGUGACAGCAACUGUUGAAGGAUUGUGACAUCAUGCCGGCGAGACGUCAUGCCAGUUCCCCGCCAUCCAUACAUGCUGCACGUUUUGAGCAUUUCAAAAUUCUUUUAUUGACCUGGCGGUUUCCCAGCAUCCACUACACGAAAGAACUAACGCUGGUGCUAUCUCAGAUUAUGGUCUAGUUGCACUUUUUUAAAACAUAAAUAGAAAUCACUCAGAAACCUUGCAUAGUACAUGUAGUGGAGAGCAGGAAUUAGCAAAUACAGCAAAUACAGCAAAUACAGCAAAUACAGCAAAUACAGCAAAUACAGCAAAUACAGCCUACCGGAGAUACCUGCAGUGGUGAUGUAUUGAGAAAUGAAGUCAGCCAGCAUGUGACCGUGUGUUUCAUGAGUAAUCUACUAAUCGCAGCUUUUUAUACGCCGCCACUGGCAUAUGGUUUCAUUUCUAAAAAGCUUAGUCCCUCUUCCACGUCUUGCGUAGAUUAGCACAAUGUCAUGUAACACCGGCGUUCUGUCUGGCUUGUCUAUCAUUCAGAAGUCUAAUCUCGGCUACGUAAUUAUA